UCACAUGCUUCCUCUGUCGAUCGUUCGAAGAAUCGAGUUGAUUUCCCGCCAUUUUUCAUCAACUCUCCAUUCCGUUCCAAUCUCAUCCUGCAGCUGCAAACUGACCAAGAAAUCAUGCAUCCAAUAUCUCCGGAACUGCAAGUCAAUGGAUCAAUUCAAACAAAUUCAGACUCAUAUAUUUCGAAUCGGUCUCGAACAAGACAGAGACACUCUCAACAAGUCGAUGGCGUUCUGCGCAGAUCCAUCUCUCGGGAACUUGCGCUAUGCGGAGAGGGUUUUCGAUUACAUUCAAGAACCAUGCUUGUUUGUCUACAAUGUGAUGGUUAAAGCGUAUGCCAAAAGGGGGAUCUUCAGAAAAGUUAUUUUGCUUUUUCAACGUCUGAAGGAAGAUGGGCUGUGGCCCGAUAAUUUUACUUACCCGUUUGUUCUGAAAGCAAUUGGUUGCUUAAGGGACUUGUGCCAUGGUGAAAAGAUUCAUGGCUUUGUGGUGAAGACGGGGAUGGACUUUGAUAAUUAUGUUUGCAAUUCACUUAUGGAUAUGUAUGCUGAAUUGGGCAAAAUCGAGUAUGCUGAGAAGUUGUUCGACGAAAUGCACACAAAAGAUUCAGUUUCUUGGAAUGUUCUUAUUUCUGGGUAUGUUAGGUGUCGGAGAUUUGAGGAUGCUAUUAACACCUUUAAGGAAAUGCAGCGAGAGAGCAAUGUGAAACCGGGUGAAGCUGGUAUAGUCAGUACUCUUUCUGCCUGUACAGCUCUGAAAAAUUUGGAGCUUGGGGAGGAAAUUCACAACUAUGUUAGAAACGAGCUUGGGUUUACCACUAUAAUCAACAACGCACUGUUGGAUAUGUACGCAAAAUGUGGGCGUUUGAAUAUUGCCCGCAAGGUGUUUGAUGAAAUGCCGAUGAAAAAUGUGAUUUGUUGGACCAGCAUGAUUUCUGGCUAUAUAAACUGUGGUGAUUUAAAAGAGGCUAGAGACUUGUUUGAUAUAAGUCCAGUUAGAGAUGUUGUUCUGUGGACAGCUAUGAUUAAUGGGUAUGUGCAGUUCAACCAUUUUGACGAGGCUGUGGCAUUGUUUCGCAAAAUGCAAAUUCAGAAGGUGAAACCGGAUAAGUUCACUGUGGUUGCUCUUCUUACAGGUUGUGCUCAGUUGGGAGCUCUAGAGCAAGGGAAGUGGAUGCAUGGAUACCUAGAUGAAAACAGAAUAACAAUGGAUGCUGUGGUUGGGACUGCACUAAUUGAAAUGUAUUCCAAAUGCGGAUGUGUGAAUAAAUCGUUAGAAAUUUUCUAUGAGUUAGAGGAGAAGGACACGGCAUCUUGGACGUCGAUUAUUUGCGGUCUUGCCAUGAAUGGGAAGACAGGGGAAGCACUUAGGCUGUUCUCAGAAAUGGAACUUGUGGGAGCUAAACCUGAUGAUAUCACCUUCAUUGGUGUUUUAAGUGCCUGUAGUCAUGGUGGACUGGUUGAGGAAGGGCGUCGGUUUUUCAACUUGAUGAAGAAGGUUUACCGAAUUGAGCCAAAGGUAGAACACUAUGGGUGUGUAAUUGACCUCCUCGGUCGAGCUGGACUGUUGGAUGAAGCAGAGGAAUUGAUUCAAGAGAUUCCUAAUGAAAAUGACCAAAUUUUGGUUCCACUGUAUGGUGCCUUACUUAGUGCUUGCAGAAUCCACAACAACGUUGACAUGGGUGAAAGGCUAUCCAAAAAACUGGUAAAUUUUGAAUCAUGUGAUUCUAGCAUUCACACACUUCUUGCAAAUAUAUACGCUUCUGCUGACAGAUGGGAAGAUGCAAAGAAGGUGAGAAGGAAAAUGAAAGAACUUGGAGUUAAAAAGAUGCCAGGAUGUAGUUCGAUCGAGGUUGAUGGCAUCGUUCACGAGUUCCUUGUCGGGGAUCCAUCUCAUCCAGAAAUGAUAGAGAUAUGCUCCAUGUUGGAUAGAGUGACUGGACCAUUAUUAGGAUCAAAGGAAUUUCAGUUCGAAUUCGAAAGAGUGGUGCCACUUCGCUUGGACACUCAAUUCUGGAGUUUGGUAGAAUUUUAAGGGAUUUACCAUGAGGGAAGAUGGAGUUCUACAAUACAGAUGGUGACAUAAAACAGGGAUACAAAGAAAAAGCUUCGCUGUUGAUGGAGAGUUAACUAUUGCAGAGGAUUUGAUUCUUAGCGAUAGAGCAGCUGACUUCUGGAUAAUGAGAUCUUAUAAAGCAAGUGGCAUCGGACUUGGACGUAAAGGGCAUGUAGCCAGAGAAUCGAGUCGAAAGUGAAAGUCACCAAGAACGGGUGAAAUGCUCUCGAAACCAUUUAUUAAGUGACAUAGAGAGCAUUGGGGUGAUUCAUUAAAGCAAGAAAAACACCCAACAAACUAUGAAGAUCCAGACUGCAUCAGUUAUUAGCUUUGUUAGAAAGCUAAGUGACUAGUUUACUGAUGGGAGGAGAGGUUGCUGAGAAUAAUUCUAAUGAUUUUGAUUUUUGAGCACUGUCAUUCAUGGAAAAUAUUCUUUUACUAAUUAUAGGAAUCUGUUUCUGCUAAUUAUGUGCAGAUUAAACUGUUGCAUCAUGUAAUACUAUUCUCUAUGCUUAGCAAAUCUUCUGGUCUAAAUGUUAAAAUUAGUGUAGA